AUGGCCACGAUCUCCGACACGCGGUCUCAAGCGGGCGGCGCCUUGGACAUCCGCGUAGAAGACUACCUCGACGACAAGCUUCAAUCGACAACCGAUCUCGACAACCUUGACUCGUUACUCGCCAACGUCGAAGUCCAGCGCAGCCAGCUCCAAACCCAGCUCGACAAUGCCGUCAAACAGCUCGACGAGGCCCGACGCACCGCCGGCGAUCGACAAUCCUCGCUCGCCCAGCGAAUUCAAGACUUUCAGGAGCUGCAGCACAGCAUAGACGUCCGCGUCAAGAUCGCAGCGGCCUCCGACGCCCCCAACCAGGCUAUCGCGAGGUUGCAGAUGCCGAUGAAGAAGCUGCAGACGAUCGAGCUGGCUCAAAAAUACCUGGUUCUGUUGCAGGAUGUGGACCAACUGAGGAUCGAAGCACGCUCGCACCUUCCCGAGAGCCCGAAAGCGGCGCUAGAGCCGUACUCGAAGCUGAAACAGCUGUCGCGGCGCUUGGAGGAGCUCUCCGGGCCUGCGGACGAUGCGGCGGUGCACCUCGUCAACCACGUCCGCAACGUUACCGACAAGCUGUGGGAAGAGAUGAAGAAGAUCAUGUCGAGCGAGCUGGAAACUAUACUGAGCAAGAGAUCAUGGCCCAUGGUGGAUCCCACUUCAGAGAUGGACGAAGAGUGGCUUGCUUGCUUCGAGAAGCUCCUCGAUCUGCAGAUCCCGGAAAUUACGCUAAGCAAGUCAAUCGUCAGCUUGCUUCCGUUCGAUGUCAUGAGCCGUAUCUUUGUGUCCGAGUUCCGAUUUCACUUUCUGAGCGACAAGCCGACGAGCAAGCCCGAUGCGAUAGGGUCGCACUGCUUUCCCUGGUUUUUAGCGACUAUUGAGAAGUGGGAGGAUUUCUUUAGGGACAAUCUGGGCUUCACUUUGGCUGCCAAGCUCCGCGAUACGCCGGCUGGAAACAGCUUGGUGUACGUCGAUCCGGUGUGCGCGUUCAUCACGAGCAUGCUCCCUGUCAUGAGGGAAAAGCUCAAGACCGUGAUGGUAGAUGCCUCCAAGAACCCUACCUUCCUCAGCAGUCUCAUCGGCCAGCUCAUGACCUUUGACGAGAAUGUUCGUUCCAAGUUCAACUACGACGGUGGUAACCCGGAACAGGGUUGGCCCGGUCUUGCCUCGGAGGUCCUGGAGGAGUGGUUCGAGCCAUGGUUCCAGGCGGAGAAGGAAUUCGCCAUGGAACGCUUCCAGGCCAUCAUGGCCACGCCCGAUGCACGCAACAUCGAUUACGACUAUGCUGGCACCGGAAAGACAAAGCCUACCUUUGGUGCUGUACGAGUCACCGACCUACUGAGAUCUAUCACGACGCAGUACGAGAGGGUCCGCACAUUCAAGCACAAGAUCCGGUUCUUGAUCGGCAUUCAACUCGACAUACUCGACGAGUUUCACGAUCGUCUGCGCGGGUCUCUCGAGGCCUACCAAGCCCUCACUUCGACCGUCGGCAGGACCCUCCACGGCGUGACCAAAGAACAACUCGCUGCGCUCGAGGGCACGGGCGCCUUGGAAUCACUGUGUAAGGUGUACGGCAGCGCCGAUCACGUCGUCAACACACUCAAGGAUUGGAGCAACGAAGAAUUCUUCGUCACGCUGUGGGACCAACUCCAGUCUCGCGCGACCAAGGAUGGCGAGACCUCGAGGAUGUCUGGCGAGAUGAGCUACGAAGAGGUCAAGGAUCGCACGUCAACGGCUGUUGGGUCUGACAACGACGACGGCAUCCUGUUCGAUGAGACAAUCGCGGCGUAUAGUCUCCGAUGCAAGACGGCGCAGGACUUCUUGGUCAAUGCCGUCGCUGACUCUCACUACAAGGCUUUCAGAGCCUACGCAACAAGGACGCAGUGGACCACUAUUAGUGAAAGCGAUUCAGAGAUCGACCCCUCCCAGCUCGCUGUUACACCCGAGCUUGACGAGCCGUUGAGAAUCCUGAAGCGCAACCUCGACUUCCUGGUUAAGGCCAUUGGCACCGCUGCCUACCGCCGCACAUGGCGCAGCACGCUCGACAAACUCCAAGACCUGCUCUGGGGCGAAGUCCUCAUGAGGGCAAGCUUCACAGCCUUCGGCGCAGCACAGUUCACGCGUGACGUCAACGCCAUCUUUUCUCUCGUCGAAAGAUACAUCCCGAACGGACUGGCAUCGAUGACAAGUCUGGUCGAUGCACUAAAGCUUCUCAAUCUUCCUACUGAGGCGCCUGAGGGAGGGCUUUCACUGAAGCAAGCGAGUGAUAGGGUCUUUACGGAUAACACUGAGGCGAAGAAGGUGCUGGAGGAGCUGGAUAUUGAUACGCUCACGCCGGCGAACGCGAGACAUAUCUUGCAGCGCCGGGUUGAGAAUAAGGAAUAG